GCAAUACUUCCUGUUUAAGGCUUUCGCCUUCAACAAAGAUGGUGCCUAUGGUACAGGUUCCCUAACAGUCUGGAUUCCGGUUGCAGGUUUUUUUUUUUUUUUUAAAAGAGACGUGGUUGCAGACGGGGGAAUGGAGGCUAGAGACAAGCAAGUGCUUCGCUCGCUUCGCCUGGAGCUGAGUGCAGAGGUGUUGGUGGAGGGACUGGUUCUCCAGUACCUUUACCAGGAAGGGAUCUUGACAGAAAACCAUGUUCAAGAAAUCAAAGCUCAAGCCACAGGCCUCCGAAGAACAAUGCUACUGCUCGAUAUCCUACCUUCCAGGGGUCCUAAAGCAUUUGAUACAUUCCUAGAUUCCCUGCAGGAAUUUCCCUGGGUAAGGGAGAAGCUGGAGAAGGCAAGGGAAGAAGCUGUAACUGAGCUGCCUGCAGAUGACGGGAUGACUGGAAUCCCACCACACAUCCUCAACAGCUCCCCCUCGGACCGGCAGCUUAACCGGCUGGCCCAGCGGCUGGGCCCCGAGUGGGAGCCCAUGGUGCUGUCCCUGGGGCUGUCCCAGACGGACAUCUACCGCUGUAAAGCCAACCACCCCCACAACGUGCAGUCGCAGAUCGUGGAGGCCUUUGUGCGGUGGCGGCAGUGCCACGGGAAGCAGGCCACCUUCCGGAGCUUGCAGGAGGGCCUCGUGGCCGCAGAGGUGGACCGCUCAGUGCUGCAGCACAUGCUGGAGUGACGGUGUUUCCAUCCACCCCACCAGUGAGGGUGUCCCCCAGUCACCUGUGCUGAGUCCUGACUGUCCCUCAGAGCAGGUGGUUAUUUUAAAAUUUUUGAUUUUAGUGAUUCUUAGGUGGAAGCAGACAACAGGGUUUCCACUUGACAUUACUUGAAAGGCCAGAUUACUCAGUAGAUCUCCCACAUUGGCCCCACGAUUCAUUGUUUUUAAUUGCUUGAAGAUUAUGUUGUAAUUGUGUAGUUUUUAAUUGUGUGGUUGCCUUUUGACAAACUGGAAACCAUAGCAGCUUAAAAGAAAAUGCCAUGUGAUCGCAUUACGUGCAGGUGUCCUAUAUAUAAGACAUCUGCUUUUAUGUUGCCUGGGAACUGAACUGUCAGCUUUGCUAUUAAUAUGGAUAAUGAUAAUAAAAUGUGAAUU